AUGAAGGCACCAAACAUGGAGACGAUUACGAAAUCUCUGGAGAAAUCGAUGCAAAACUUUUCUCUGAGCGAUCGGAAAAGAAGAGUCGGAGAUGGGUUUGGGAGAUCGUCGUCGUCGUCGACGGAGGAGACCAACGACCAUAUUCCUCCGAUCUCAGAUAGAACAUUGGAGCUCAAUUCUCACUUAUCUCUUCCUUGUCACUGGGAACAGUGUCUUGAUCUCAAGACAGGAGAGAUUUACUACAUAAACUGGAAAAACGGAAUGAGGGUGAAAGAGGAUCCAAGGAAAGUGAGGAUGAAUGCAGAUAAUGACAGUGGAGAAUCAUAUGGAACCUUGUGCUCAGAAGAAGAUAGCUCAUAUUACGACAGUGAAGAGUCUUCAUCAGGGUCAUCUCCAUCAUCAAGAGAGAAUCAGAAAGAGGAAGAAUAUGAAGAAGAAGAAGAGGAAGAGGAAGAAGAAGAUGUGCUUGUGGUUGCUGGAUGCAAAGCUUGUUUCAUGUACUUCAUGGUUCCUAAGCUUGUCAAGGACUGUCCCAAAUGUGCUGCACAGCUUCUUCACUUUGAUCGACCUCAUCCUGCUUCUCUUUGA